UCGCAGUUAAAUAGAGUUAAAUUUUCCUUGCUCUCAAUUCUUAAUAAAUGGGAGUUGUAUCAUCAUCUUCAUGUGGAGAUCCCAAAAGGAUCCUACAGAAGGGAUCUCAGUACCAGAGAAUGUUCACAGCAGGGGGGCUUUGUCUACCCCCUGGUUCACAGAGAUUGAGAAACUCGGAUCUGGAAGUUUUGGUGUGGUUUACAGAGUUCGUCACAAUGUCGAUGGGAAGGAGUACGCGGUGAAGAAAGUCCAGAUAGUGUCAAAGGAGCAUCUUCAAUCCAUUCGGAAUGAAAUAGCUCUCCUGGCGCGCCUGGACAAUCAUCCAAAUAUUGUUAAGUACAAAAAUGCCUUCUAUGAAGACAAUUUCAUGUACAUUCAAAUGAACAUUGCUCAGAUGAAUCUACGAAUGUGGCUCAAUCGACGCAAUCGUCAUCCUGAGGAGUUCAAUGAAUUCUUCAAGGAAUUCAUCAGUAAAGGCCAACAUUUUGAUCUCUUUCACAUGAAUACAAAAUCAGAGAAUAUCUGCUGGGUCUGUCCAGAUUACCUGGCAGAGGGGAAUUUUAAAUUCAACGAAGAAUCUCUCGGGAUUGGGAAGCAACUGGCUGCAGCUCUGCAAUACAUUCAUCGCUGCAACGUCAUCCACAAUGAUAUAAAGCCUGAGAAUAUUUUUAUCAACUCCAAGGAUUGCACAACAGUGGUUCAACUUGCGGAUUUUGGGCUAGCACAACUGACAAAUUUUACAAAAUUAUGCAAGAGAAGACAACCCAGAGGAACGUUGCUUUAUGCAGCUCCUGAGAAAUUAGAAAAUCAAGGAGGAAGGAGCAGUGAUCUGUACAGUGUGGGACUUAUUUUCUUGGAGCUCCUCAUGCCCAUUAGAACAAUUCAGGAUUUUAAUGGGAUCGUCCGGGAAGCUAAGGAAGGUCAAUUGCCUGAGAAUUUAUCCAAAAAUUACAAAAAAUUAAUUCAGCGUCUUCUGGACAAGGAUCCAUCGAAGCGUCCUAAUGCAGAGACACUUCUGGGAAUCCUAGAGUUUUUCAAGAUCAACAAAAUUGACGCUGGACACUCUGAGGAUGCAGAAAAUCAGAUGCAAAAGAAGUGGCCACAAAUUUUCAAGGAAAAUAUUCCAAAGGACCCCUGACUAAGAAAAGAUCAAGAAAUUCUACAGAUUACCUUUAUAAACACACAAAAGAGAAAGAAAAUGAAAAAGAAAUUGGAAUUUAUCAAA